AUGCUCUACACCAGCUCCCAAAACUCAGCUCCUGUGCCACUCGAUACCUAUCCAUUUCUCCUCGCCGAACCCUUUAGUCGUCAAAAUGAUUACGGAAAUUGCGACUUUUCUCAAAACACGGGGGAUGAGACACCAUCACCAAGAGAUUUGAGAUUCCCCGGAUAUGACAUGGCGGAAGUCGAUGGACUUCACUCUAAAUUUUUCUCUCAGGAUACUUCGGCAGUCAUCGAAGACCCGAGAGCAUCGAAUACAGCUCAAAGCCUUCCUGCGACUAGAUUUGGGCGAUUUCCUUGGUUGAACACGGGGCUUUCUACUGGCCGUCUCGGUGCCAGGAAAACUUCAUACCCGGAAGAUGGCCAAAUUUCACCCAAGCAAUCUGUCGAGAUUGGCGGCCUCUACUCCCUAUCAGACUGCCUCUCCAGCUUCCAGCAAAACAAUCCUUGGGUACCCGCACCGUGCGUGCCACUAUACAACUGUCAGCCACUGCCGGAUACGAAGGCCCUUCACGAUGCAGGGUCGCAGGCUUCGGCACCUUAUCUUUAUCAUGAAUUAGCCUACGAAACGACUGAUGAGUCUGCUGGUACUUCAUGCAUUGGCGGUAGCUUUUCAGACAUCAUCACAGACGGGAGUCAUGUUCCCUCCACAGAAACCGAGACAUUUCGUUUUCGUACUAUCCUUCAAGCCCCAACUGCAAUGACCAACGAAAAUGGGGAUCCACCCCUGACCUACCUCAACAAGGGACAAGUCUAUUACCUGACGAUUAUGGACUCGAUGCCACCCGCAAUAAGUGACAAGGCGACCACAUACCGGACCUUUGUUCGAAUCUCAUUCGAUCAAGAGCAUGCAAGGUCAAACCCCGAAGCGUACUGGAAGUUAUGGAAAGAAGGGCGAGGUAUGACUCCAGAGCAGCAACAGGAAGAAUCACUUUUUGCCCUUGAAUACGCAGGCGGAGACAGCCCUCGGUUCAAGAUUGAGCAAAAAUGCUUUGACGGAUUCUGUGUUACCUGGAAAACGGAUUCCUCCACCGGCUUCAACGCAUGCCAUAUACCGAUCUGUUUCAAUUUCUUGUCUACCGACUUUACGCGUUCGAAGGGGGUGAGGGGAAGUCCCGUUCGGCUCUGUGCUAAGACAGAACAACAGACAACGCUCGAUAAUCUUCUUAGUUCUCCAGAGUCGGAAGUUUGUUUCUGCAAACUCCAAGUCUUUAGAGACCAUGGCGCGGAGCGAAAGCUAUCCAAUGAUCACGGCAACCUGAAGAGGGGGAUUGAGAAAUUGAAAAUGAGAAUUUCAAAUGCAGAAUUAGGUUGGGGCUCUAGAAAGCGCAAGCGUGGCAGGUCCGUCGCAAAGAACUUGAAAGGAUUGCCACCAGAUUGUGUAUCAGAGCAACUAAGUCAGGCUGGUCUGAAGUCAAAAUUGGUAGGGUUUGAGAGAAUGUCGCUAUCCUCUCGGUCGUCCACUCUAUUGGCUCUCCGCGGCGACAAAGAAGAUGAUCCGGACCUGUACCCGGUGCGCUUGGUGGAUCACGACUGUUGCAUCAAGCCGACGCCUGCCGAGCAUUCCAUCGAGACAUCCAUCAAAAGCGAAGAAUCAGCAAUGAUGACACCAACGAGCUCCCACCAGUCAGGCACAGAGACUACGGUUACACCGCAGCCGGUAGCUGAGGACGAUUUAUCUGUCGAAUACAUCAAGGUGAAUCGUAUUGAUGUGACUGACCAUAUACUUGCGGGUCUACACCUCACUUCAAGUAUGCACGUCCAGGCGUCAAGUUUGUUUUCCUUGCUGACAUAUCUAGUUGCAUGUUUUUACGUUCGGCUCCUGGGAGAUGAAUUCCAGGAAUAUUAUCGUGCUGUUUAUCUAUCUGAACGCACAGUCCGAGAGUUGGUCAGGAAGAUUUCCGAAAAGUACGAAAUCGAGCCAGUUGACUGCUUCAGCUUAUUCCACAUCACCGAGAAAAAGUUGAAAAUCAUGGUCGAUGAUGAAUUUGUGCAGCAAAUGGCAGAAGGCCAGAACAUGAGAGUUGAGCUUCAUCAAAACACGAAUAACGCCUGGGAAAUGUGGCUACUAUAUUGA